CGGCCCAACCAAUGGGAACUGUCCUUGGCAGCAACUUGCAAAUGAGCGCUUUUGAUCACAGUGCAGUGUGUGGCUGGCCCCGUCUUGCUCCAGACCUCAAAAGGAGCACUUCACAGACCUGGCUCAGGGGUGGCAGCAAUUGCCAUUCUGCUCUCUGGGCUGGUGACAGUCUAACCGCCCUGCGCCAUGGCCCUGCGAAACACUCUCAGGCUGCUGCUGCUGCUGCUGCUUCGGGCUCAGCUGACGGUCACCACCUCCACGGACUUGAUUUCCAAGCAGAACCAAGGCCCCCCAAGCCUGAUGACUCAGUGCAUGUUUGGCGAGUACUGGACUGCCAGCCACUGGUGCAAGUGCUGCCCGGCCGGCCAGUAUGUCAGUGAACCGUGCAGGAGCCCGCACACCCUCGGCAGGUGUGUGAAGUGUGACAGAGGGACGUUCACAGGGUUCCCCAACGGCCUGGAUUCCUGUUUCCCCUGCGCCACCUGUUCCGAAGAUCAAGAAAUGGUGGUGGACUGUACUUCGACCAGGGACAGGAUAUGCCGAUGUAAACCGGGCCAUUUCUACGAGCUCCCGGACUUCUAUGAAUUCUGCAGACGGUGCAGCAGGUGUCCCAAAGGGAAUGUCGUCCUACAUAAAUGCAACUCUACGGCAGACACAGUGUGCGGCGAGCCUGACCCGGACCACAGAUACUGGGGGUACUUCCUCGGAGGGAGUUGUCUCAUAGGUUUCCUGGUUAUAAUAGUCCCUCUCUACUAUAUAUGCCAUCGUCCCCGUAAAGGAAACGGUGACAGAAGAGAAAACGCGUUGCCUGAAGGCUCAGUGCCCUUGGCAUCGUCAGAUGGGGAACGAGAUGCAGACUCUUCAGUACCCACAACAGGAAAUGUAAGCCCGUCUGAAGACACCUUGGAUAUGGCGUCUGAGGCCCCGACCUUCACCAGGAGCCCAGAGAGCCCGGCGGGUGUCGAUGGCACACAGGCUUCAGCAGGUGCAGGAGGCCGGGCCCCAGACGGGUCACCACAGCCUGAUCUAUGAUUUUGAAGGCUGGUCUUCGUGCUUAAUCAUUCUAUUAUUCUGUUCAAAGCUGGCCCCAGGCCUGUUCUCCUCCCCACCCACACCCCCAUGUCCCCACUUUUGUGAAGCUGAGAAUUCUACUUUUUCUGAGAAUCCCACGUUUCCCAG